UUUAUUAAAGAGUUGAAAAGUAAACGUGGACCAAAUAACAAUUCCGCUUUGUCAAACAAAUUGUUGGGCCUAUAGACCUAUAAUCAUAGUGCACCAAAAAUGGGGACUUGCUGCGAAAAUAGAGGGAGUAGAAAAUCAUGCCCCCUCGCGAGUCCAACCCAAAUCCAUGCCCAUAGAACAGAGUCGACCGCAUGCAUGCACAGCCCUCCCUUCACCUGUAAUUCCUCUCUUCCACAGAAAACAAUUCGCAACACUCUCUCAUACCUUCUUCUCCCCACCCUCCAUUCCCCACCCCGCACAAACACAAGAAGGAAACCCAACAUACAUUCCCCCCAUUGAUUCCUGCACUUCUCCAUCUCCAACAUCCCUCUCACUACUAACCAUGGCAUUCCAUUCCCAUGCCCUUUUCUCCCUUCUCACCCUAGUGUUUCUCAUUCCCACCCUAACAGUGACCCAUGCCCAACUCUCCGAAAACUAUUACGAGCAAACAUGCCCCAAAUUCCACGAAACCGUCCACCAUGUCGUCGUCGAAAAGCAAAUAGCCACCCCCACUACUGCCGCUGCCGUCCUUCGCCUCUUCUUCCACGACUGCGUCCUCGAAGGCUGUGACGCCUCCCUCCUCAUCGCCUCCAACUCCUUCAACAAGGCGGAGAGGGACGCCGAGAUCAACGCCGCCAUCCCCGGCGACGGCUUCGACAUCAUCACCCGUAUCAAGACCGCCCUAGAGCUCCAGUGCCCCGGCAUCGUCUCCUGCUCCGACAUCCUCGCCGCCGCCGCCCGCAACCUUAUCAACAUGGUCGGGGGACCCCACUACACCCUCCUCUUCGGCCGCAAGGAUGGCCUCGUCUCCCGGGCCGAUCGCACGGAGGGCCACUACGCCAAGGCCAGCAUGACCGUCUCCGAGCUCAUCAACCUCUUCGCCUCCAUCAACCUCUCUGUCCAGGAUCUCGUCGCCCUAAGCGGGGCCCACACCAUCGGCUUCUCCCACUGCAGCGAGUUCGCCAACCGCAUCUUCAAAUUCAGCCCGACGUCGGAGAUUGACCCCGCCCUCAACCGCAUCUACGCUGAGGGGCUGAGGAAGCUAUGCGCCAAUCACACGACCAACCCCGGGAUGUCGGCGUUCAACGACGUCAUGACCCCGGGGAAGUUCGACAACUUGUAUUUCCAAAACUUGCAAAGGGGGCUAGGGUUACUGGCGACAGACCAUGCCCUGGGGACGGAUCCUCGUACGAAGCCGUUCGUGGAUCUCUAUGCCACCAACCAGGCAAAGUUUUUCGAGGAUUUCGCCCAGGCAAUACAGAGGGUCAGCUUGAUGAACGUGAAAACUGGGAAGCAGGGCGAGGUCCGCCGCCGAUGCGACGCCUUCAACGACCUCAAGACUUGAACAACAAGAAAAGAAAACCUCAGCCAAAUUUGAGCUCACCUAUUGCUGUUGUAACCGAUGUAAUUUGUAUUUUUUUAUUUUUUUUUGUAAAGUUUACAAACACGAAAAUGUUGCAUCUCCCAGACAUGUACCUGCAAAUUUUGCAAGCAAUUGAGCGUAUCUUAUGAAA